AUGCGAUUAGGCUGCCCUGGGUUCACACUGCCUGAGUACAAACCCAACCCCGUGGAAGGCGGCGCCUCCAAGUCCCUCUUCUUCCCAGAUGAAGCAAUAAACAAGCACCCCCGCUUCAGUACCCUAACAAGAAAUAUCCGGCACAGGAGAGGAGAAAAGGUUGUCAUCAAUGUACCAAUAUUUAAGGACAAGAACACCCCAUCUCCAUUUGUGGAGGCGUUUGCUGACGAGGAGGCUGCCCGGGCGGCGCAGCCCGACCACAUCUACAUGGAUGCCAUGGGGUUUGGGAUGGGCAACUGCUGCCUUCAGGUGACAUUCCAAGCCUGCAGCAUAUCUGAGGCCAGAUACCUUUAUGAUCAGUUGGCCACUAUCUGCCCAAUUGUCAUGGCCCUGAGUGCUGCUUCUCCGUUUUACCGAGGCUAUGUGUCGGAUAUCGACUGCCGCUGGGGGGUCAUCUCUGCUUCUGUGGACGACCGGACCCGGGAGGAGCGAGGACUGGAG